GCAUCUCAAUUCCCUCCACGCUUCAGCUGCCAACAUUCUCCUCCUCUCUCUCUCUCUUUCUCUCUCUCUCUGAUGAUCACCAAACUGUGCAAACGCCAUGAAUUCCUUGAAAAUUCUCGAGUUCUUCUGAUGAUUCUCGGUGAAUCUCACUGGCGCGCUACUAAUUGGAUCACUGUAGAACCUGCCGUUCAAUCCAAGUCCCAACCAAGCAUUUUCACAUAAGCUGUAUCCAUUUCUAGGGAUUUCAUGAUUAUCCUCGGAAGAAUAGUGCAUUGGCAUCAUCUAUGAAGACAACACGGAUGGUUGGGACAGCAAAUAGAUUUGUUCGGUGGAGAGGGCAAGAUUUGUUUCAGAUGGAAUGGCAGAUCCUGCUAGCUUCGACAUUGAUCAGGCACUCAUUUUGUUGAAGAAGGGAACACAGUUGAUCAAGUAUAGCAGAAAAGGGAAGCCUAAAUUUUGUGCAUUCAGACUUUCUACAGAUGAAGCAACAUUAAUCUGGUAUUCUCAUGGAUCAGAAAGGCAGCUAGCAUUAUCAUCUGUUUCACGGAUUAUUCAAGGACAGAGAACUCCUGUUUUCAAAAGAUUUUUGCGUCCGGAGAAGGAGUACUUGUCAUUUUCAUUGAUAUAUAAUAACGGAGAGAGAUCUCUCGAUCUGAUCUGCAAGGACAAAGUUGAGGCUGAAAUCUGGCUUGCCGGUCUGAAAUCUUUAAUAUCAACUGGCCAAUCACGCAGUAGGCGUACAAAAAGUGAAGUUAAUGAUUUACACGGUGGGGGUGAUAGCUCUCAAGAUAAUCGCGGAUUCGGAGCACUAGAUUGCACGCCGAGUGUUUCUCGCAGAGUGUCCACUGAUUCUCGUGAUAGCAACGUCAGUUCUUCAAGCUCACAUGUGGCGUAUGAAUGUGCCAAUAUGCAAAGGACAAGUUGUGCAGAUGGUUUCCGGAUUAGUGUCUCGAGUACUCCUAGUUGUUCAAGUCAGAGUUCUGGGCCAGAUGACAUAGAAUCACUUGGUGAUGUUUUCCUUUGGGGAGAGAUCUGGUCUGAUGGAGGGGACACAGAUGUAACUGGAAAACCUGUUCCAAUAAAGGUUGAUGUACUGACUCCAAAACCAUUAGAAACAAAUAUAGUACUCGACGUGCAGCAAAUUGCUUGUGGUGUCCGGCAUAUUGCUCUCGUUACAAGGCAAGGUGAGGUUUUCACUUGGGGCGAGGAAUCCGGGGGUAGGCUGGGUCAUGGUAUCGAGAAGGACUUUAGUCGUCCUCGACUAAUAGAGUUCUUGGCUGUUACAAAUAUUGAUUUUAUCGCCUGUGGUGAGUUUCAUACGUGUGCAAUCUCUUCAUCCGGUGAUUUAUACACCUGGGGUGAUGGUACCCACAAUGCGGGACUUCUUGGUCAUGGAAAUGAUGUUAGCCACUGGAUUCCCAAAAGAGUUUCUGGACUUUUAGAAGGCCUUCAAGUUCUUUCAGUUGCUUGUGGUACCUGGCAUACAGCACUGGCCACUUCUUCAGGUAAACUGUUUACAUUUGGAGAUGGGAUGUUUGGAGCUUUAGGUCAUGGUGAUCGUGAAAGUGUUCCAUUCCCAAAAGAGGUGAACUCGUUGAGUGGACUUAAAGUUGUUGCUGUUUCCUGCGGCGUAUGGCAUACUGCUGCUAUAAUAGAGGUUACUAAUCAGGCUGGAGCGAGUGUCUCGUCUAGGAAGUUAUUCACCUGGGGCGAUGGUGAUAAGUAUCGGUUAGGCCAUGGAAACAAGGAUGCUUAUCUUUUCCCAACGUGUGUCUCCCCCCUUAUUGAUUACAACAUCCAGCAGCUGGCGUGUGGCCAUAACAUGACCAUUGCCCUCACAACAUCAGGCCAUGUCUUCACUAUGGGAAGUAAUGCAUAUGGUCAGCUGGGAAAUCCGCAAUCCGAUGGGAAGGCUCCUUCUUUGGUGCAAGACAGAUUGGUGGGGGAGUUUGUCGAACAGAUCUCGUGUGGCGCGGAUCAUGUUGUAGUCCUCACUUUGAGAGGCGACGUAUUUACUUGGGGGAGAGGAGCCAACGGAAGACUAGGACACGGCGACACUGAGGAUCGCAACGUCCCCACGUUGAUCGAGGCACUGAAAGACAAGCAUGUGAGAAAUAUCUCAUGUGGAUCGAAUUACACGACGAGUAUAUGCAUCCAUAAGUGGGUGUCUGGAGCAGAUCAAUCAGUCUGCACAUCUUGCAGGCAGGCUUUUGGUUUCACUAAAAAACGACACAACUGUUAUAACUGUGGAAUGGUGCAUUGCCAUAACUGCAGUUCGAAAAAGGCAAUGAAAGCAGCUCUUGCCCCUACACCGGGGAAGCCUCACCGAGUGUGUGACUCUUGCUACAUGAAACUUAAAAAGGCAGCGGAGAUGGGAACUUCAACUAUCAACCGCAAAGCAUCUGCUACUCGUCGUUCAGUGGACAUGAGUUCUCGAAUAGACCGAGAAACGAAAAGCUCACGAGUCCUGCUCCCCCCAGCUAUGGAGCCAGUUAAGUACCUCGAGAUCAAGUCUGGAGGUGGUGGAUUGAAGGCUGAUAGCUAUUCCAUCGUUCGUGCAUCGCAAGUUCCAUCUCUUGUGCAGCUGAAGGACGUUGCUUUCCCAAGUUCACUCAGUGCUCUCCAAUAUGCCCUAAAGCCUGUUACUACACCAUCAUCAUUAUCAUCAUCAUCACAGCCUCAGCCACAAUACCAGUCCAUUUCAAGGCCUGUUUCCCCAUACUCGAGAAGACCAAGUUCUCCACGCUCCGCCACUCCUAAUCCAGGGUACUCGAGAGGUGUUAUCGACUCUUUAAAGAAGUCAAAUGAUAUAUUAACACAAGAGAUUGCCAAAUUGCAGAACCAAGUUAAGAAUUUAAGACAAAAAGGUGAAACUCAAGAAACAGAAAUCCAGAAGUUAAAGAAAUCUGCAGACGACGCUACUCUAUUGGCUGCAGAAAGAUCCUUUAAAUGUAUUAGAGCAACGCAAGCCGCCAAGACCAUCACGGAUCAGAUGAAGGAGAUUGCAAAUAAGUUGCCUCCAGAGAUAUCUGAGAGUGAUUCUUUCAAAAACUUGCACGCUCAAAUCGAAUCUCUUCUGGAAACAAUUCGUAUGCAAGCAUCCGAAGACAAUCCUUCUAUGCCAGCAUAUCAGAAUCAUGCAACAUCACACGGUUUAUCAAAUUACAAGGAAGAUCAUCUCAGUCAGGACAUGUCACAGACCAAUGGCUCAUCUGUUUCCUAUGCAAAAGCUACACAUCAGUCAAGCUCAGAGAACGGCUCAGGUGCUCCGGAAGUCGCUCAAAUGGAGGGACAGAAGGAAGUCAUCGAACAAUUUGAACCCGGUGUCUACGUAACAUUCAUCCAACUUGCAAACGGGACCAAGAUCUUCAAGCGGGUUAGAUUCAGCAAGCGAAGAUUCGCCGAGCAGCAGGCGGAAGGAUGGUGGAAGGAAAACAAGGACAGACUACUCAAGAAAUACAGCCCUACCAAACCAGUUAGGCCAUCAUCGGAGGCGAUUCCAACUCCGGCCGAUCAAGAUAACCCGGCGACGCAGGAAACAAACUAGGCGCCAAAAGCUUUGGUAGUAUAUACAUUUAUAUGUUGCUCCUUUAGAAUUGGAUAGGGCGAAUUGCAAAGUAGUGUAUGGUUACUAACCUACGUUGAGAAAUUCUGAUUAUUAUCCCACAUCGUUUAGUUAUCACUUGUUUAGAAUGCCCUAAAG